CGCGGCCGGGCACGCGGCGCAAGCGCCCGCCGAGGGCUUCGCCCGCGCCUCGGCUGCGGCCAUCGCCGAGGCCGCGGCGGGGCCACGGCUUUUGGCCUUCGCGGGCAGCGGUGGCAGCCCAAAGGCGGAGGCCGAGCAGCCUUUCGCGGAGGACACUGACAUCGAGCAUGGCAAGUUCGACCUGGCAGACGUCGGCAUCGGGGUCUCGGACAGCACGGUGACCAGGGAGGUUGAGGACGUCGGAGAGGAGAUCGCGGAUGAGAUCGACGUCGAGGAAGGCGUCGGGUAUUUACCGUCACUGAUCACCGCGGCGCCGCAGUGCGACAACGACGAUUUCCAGUUCGGCAAGCUGGAGCUGCCCGCAGUGCAGCGGAUCGCGUGGCUGCCCAACUUGGAGGGGAGGCUGCACGAUGACUUCGGCAUCCAGCUGGAGACGCGCGCGCAGUCGGCCGACGAGUCCGACUACGGCAUCGACGAGGCGCCGAAGGACGUCGGUCUGGACAUGGACGAGGAGCGGGCCAGCAUCGGCCCCAGCGAGGUAUCCAGAUGCGCGGCUGUUCAUGACGAUUACGCUGCGCUGGCAGAGGCCUUCAAGGCCAAGGCUGUCCACGACGAUUUCGACGAUGUCGAAUGCGGCGAGCACGUGGACGUGGGCACGCUCCACCUGUUGCAUGGCUCGGACACCCCCCUGGUCGAAGCCAUGCUGGAGCAGGGCCUGAUCGGGUGCCACGUCAACGAAAUCAUGGGCGCAGGCGCAGUCGGCGCCUCCUUGGCCGAGGACCUGGUGGGUUUCGCCUGGGGGCGGACGAGAUCGAGGCGCUCGUGGCCCAGGUCGCAGCCCACUUCCUCAACACAGGAGUCGCGCAGAGUUCAACGCCAGCCUCGGAGACUUGAUGAGGUACGAGGUGGCGUUCAUCGAGGGUGCAUCGGCCCCACGCUGAGAGCUCGGUCUGUAGGGCCGUGCCGAGCGCUGGAGCCGCGAGUUUGACUUGGCUGGGGCGCGGCCGCCGAGGCGCUGGGCGUGGCUCGAAAGGCUGGGGCGGCCGUGGGGGGCCUGGCCGUUCGGGGUGUCCGCGGCGCGGCCGCUGGCGAUAGCCGGGGGUCCGGUCUCCGCGGGCCGCGGGAUGCCCGACUGUGGCCUUCUUCCUCGGGGGGGCCAUCGCCUGGGCAGCUUGCUUUCGGGGUGUCCGUGGGCUCCUCGUCGCCUCCUCUUGGGCCGUCGCCGACGCGCUCUUCUCAAG